AUGUUGAGUAAAACAAGAAUAGACCAUACAAGAAAAAGAGAAGGCAAUGCUGCAGCCGUUGGCGUAAUGUCCGAUGGAAACAAAUUCGACGUAACUGCAUACGCACAGCAACGUCAGCAAAAUCAAUUACCAUUAGAAGAAAUGGGCAAUGUAUUGCUCGAUGCGAUGCAGGGCACACUUAUUUGUCUUGAUAGUCAUCAUAUUAUUAUUGAUGUAUCAAAAACAAUUAAACGUUAUUUUGGUUUUGAACAAGCUGAAAUUAUUGGUCUUUCAAUAUUGUUACUUAUUGAAGAUAGUGAACGAGAUUUAUUUUUAAAAUUUCUUUCUUGUACAUCACAAGUGUUUGAUGUUUGUUGUGUUCGAAUGGUAAUGGCUAUUUCAAAUGAAUAUCGACAAGUAAAAGUUCAUCGAAAGAAAAAACUUAAUCAAGAUAACGUUGAUGUUCAUUCGACUACAACUCGAUAUGGUAGCUCUGUUGGAACAAUACUUGUUUUAACAUUAGAUGAUUCAUCUUAUAUUGAUAUAACACUUUUUGAUGUACAUAAACAAGAAUUUUAUACAAAAAUUAAUUUAAUAGGUGAAAUUAUAUUCGAAGAUCAUAGAGGUGCUUUAAUAACCGGUUAUUUACCACAUGAACUAAUAUCUCAAUCAAUAUUUAAUUUUGUAUACCAUGAAGAUCGUUUAGUAAAAUUACAUGCACUUUGGAAAUGUGUAACGAAUGGUACAAGUAAAUUAGAAUGGCGUUUAAAUGCUCGUGAUGGUUCUUUAGUUUUUCUUCAAACUGAAUAUAAAUUAAUUGCAAAUCAUCGAAAACAAGAUACAAUAGUUGCUCGUAAUGAAGUUCUUAGUCCAAUGCAACGAUCACAAUUCGAAGAAUUACAAACAGCUUGGAGGCAUCAAUGUGCAGCAGAUAUUAAAGGAAAUAGUUCAUCAUUUCGAUUAAUUUCAUCAGCCGAUACAGAUAUAUUAUCAAUUCCCACCGGUGAAUGUCGUAUAUGUGUUCCAUCAUUAAAUAUGUGUUUUUCAACGAAUAAAUUACAAUCAUUAAAUAUUAUGGGAAAUAUAUUUGAAGUACCAAAAUCAACACAUCCACUAACUAUUGAAGAUUAUAUAUCUAUAUUAAUUGAUAAUGAUAAAUAUCUUGAUAGUGAACUAGUACAUUUGAUUAAUAAUCUACCUGCACGUUCUAAACGUUGGAGCAAUAAUAAUAAUAAUAAUAAUCAAUCAAUGAAUAAUACAGAUAUUUCAGAUGGAUCGAUGGAUGAAAGAUUACAAACGAAUUUAAAUGAAUCAACUUUACAUAGAAAACAAGAUUCUGAUUCGAUUGUACGUGGUAUACUUAGUAAUCCAGCGAAAUAUAAUCAUGAAAAACAAUCCGGUGAUUCAUCAGCGACAUUAGCUGGGCUUCUAAAUAAUAAUAAUGUACAACAGGAUAUUACAAGAAUGCCGACAUUUCAACAACAACAACAGGUUCAAAUGAAUCGAUCAAAGACGAAUCAAGUUCCGUUAAAUUCGGAAGCAAUUCAACAACAACAUUAUGAUUUUAUUAAAAAAUAUAAAUCAGCUAAAACCAAAUUAGAAUCUCAAUUAGAAGCAGCUCGAGCACAAGAAUUAGCUAGUGGUGGACAACCAAGUGAUAUCAUAAAACGAAAUACUAUACUUAAUAAAUUAUCACAAUUAGAAGCUAUUAAAAAUAAACAUUUAACACGUACUAUUGAACUUAAACGUCAAACACAACAAUCAACAUCAGCAACGGCAAUAGCUGUUAAUAAUAUUGAACAAAAAGAUUUACUUAAUAGUCUAUUUAGUUCAUCAUCACCAAAAUCAAUUGGAUUAAUGUCAAUGGAUAGUAAUAAUUCAACAGCAAUAUCAUCACCCAUUUCUUCUCUAUAUAAUAAUUCAUCACAAUCAUCAUCACCAACAACACCAUCAUUGUAUACAUCAAGUUAUCAACAUCAACGAAAUUCUUCUCCUGGAUAUCGACCAUAUGAAUCAGGACAAUCAUCAACAUCAUUUCAUGAUUCACAUACAAGAGUUAAAACUCCUGUAUUUGAUGAAUUUUUAACAUCUCCACCAUCAUCAGUAUCAUAUGUACCGGUUAAUAAUCAUUCAUUAUCUGUUCAUUCAUAUAUGAAUGUAUCAUUUCAAGAAGCAACAAAUAAUUCAUCAACAAUAACACCAUCUUCUUUCAAUUAUCAUCAUCAACAUCAUCAUAAUACUACGUAUCCUUAUUAA